AUGGCGGAGUUGGAUCCUAGCCUUUAUACUGUCGCAUGGAUUGCGCCGCUGGAGAUCGAGGCACAGGCUGCGUUGCAUCUGUUGGAUAAUCGACACCAAGGCAGAUUUCCUCUGACACCUAGGGAUGACUAUAUCUUCCAGGCUGGAGAUGCUUGUGGACACAACGUCAUUAUUGCGACACUGCCAGCCGGAGAAGUCUAUGGAACAAGAUCUGCUGCCGCUCUCGCGACCCAAGUUAAAAAUCUUUGGUUCGGCUUGUUGGUUGGCAUCGCAGCGGGUCUCCCAAACCUCUCGCGAAAUCCACCACUGGAUAUUCGUCUCGGCGAUGUUCUCGUAGGGUUACCUGUGGGCGACAAUGCUGGUCUAAUAGACUAUGACCUGGGUAAAGAGACUGGCACGGAUGGAUUCCAGCUUCUGCGUGCUGGCCAUGCGCUUGCGAAAACACCAACGGUGGUCAGGUCAGCCCUUGGUAGUAUCAAGCUCAGGGCGCCGGAUGAUUCAAACGAUAUCAUACAGCAGUACAAGAUAAUCGAACACAAAGAACACUCUCUCGGCACUUUUGCCGACCCAGGACAAGGCCGAGACACGCUAUACCAGGUCAAUGAGAGCGGAAUAGAAAGUCCUGUGAUACGAGGCCGAAGGCCGGAUUCGAAGCGCAUUCGUGUGUGGUACGGGUCAAUAGGUUCAGGCGACAAAUUGAUGAAGAACGCGCAGAAGCGGAACGAGUUGAGAGACAAAUAUAAUGUCAUCGGCCUCGAGAUGGAGGCGGCUGGGACGAUGGAUCAAAUUCCAGUCGGUGUCAUCAGAGGGGUUUGUGACUAUGGAGACGAACAUAAGAAUGAUGAGUGGCAGCCGUAUGCCGCCGCAAUGGCUGCUGCGUACGCAAGAGUAGUCCUGGCAGAGAUACGACCAAAAAAUAUGGUUCAAAUGCCCCUAGUGAACCUUUCGCCGAAACGCAAACCCGAUCAGGAAGACUCUGCCUCUGAACAUGAACAUAGGAAACGCCAAUGUUACACCAAAGGGAAAGAAUAUUCUGUUGUAGAAAUGAUGGACACCGAAGUGAAAAAGUCAUUAAUAGAACAGCUCUAUCUUGACAAGAUCGACGAGCGCCUAAUAACUCUAACCGCAGCUCAAGGAAAAACCUGUCGCUGGUUUCUCGACAAGGACGAAUAUAUAUCCUGGAACGACGUAUCACAACAGCCAGAUCAUGGCGGCUUUCUCUGGGUCAAAGGUCAUCCUGGCACCGGGAAAUCAACUCUCAUGAAGUUUCUUUUCGAAAGGGUUAAGAUCAAUGCAAAGGGGGAUUCGUUACAGAUUAUACUGUCAUUCUUCUUCCUCGCGCGAGACAUGGUGUGUUUCUUCGAAGAGUUAUGUGAGACUGCACAAGAAUCUCAAGUCCGGUUGCAGGUGUGCUUUUCAAGUCGACAUUAUCCGAUGAUCACAAUAGCAAAGGGCAAUGAAGUCGUCCUUGAAGCUGAACGUGGUCAUAUAGAGGAUAUUGAGUAUUACAUAAAAUCCAAGCUCAGGCUAGGAAAAUCGGCCCAAGCUCUCUCACUACGAUCUGAGAUUCUCAAUAGGUCUUCCAAUAUUUUUCUCUGGGUCGUGUUGGUUCUUGAUAUUCUCAACCGGGAAUAUCCCAAUAGCUCUAUUUCCGUAAAAAAGAUGCGUGAUCGCUUGAAAGAAAUUCCACCAGAAUUAAACGACUUGUUUCAGAUGAUUCUCACGAGAGACGGCGAGAGCCUCGAUAGGUUACACAUUUGUCUCACCUGGAUUCUCUUCGCAAACCGUCCACUGAAGCCACAAGAGCUCUAUUUUGCGGUCCAACUUAGUUAUGAUGAAGAGUGCUCAGGCUAUUGGGACGAAAAUGACAUCGAACUCGAAGAGAUGAAGACUUUUGUGAGAAGUUCUUCUAAAGGCUUAGCUGAAGUCACACGAAAUAAGGCUUCGGAAGUCCAAUUCAUCCAUGAGUCUGUUAGGGACUUCUUGCUGAGUAAAUACGAAUCUCAAUGGUCCGAAGCCCCUGGUAGUUUCAUGGGCAACGGCCAUAAUCUUCUAAGGGAUUGUUGCUUAGCUCAGUUGAACAACUUAGCCCUUCAAGAUGCCGGUAUAGCAGAUCCACUGCCACCGGCAUUCGAGACAGCAGAACUGCGACAGACAAUACGUUCAAAUUACCCAUUCCUUGAAUAUUCAAUACUUAACUCUUUUCAACAUGCCGACAGUGCCCAACAAAACGGCAUAGACCAAGAGCAUUUCUUCAUCGAUUUCCCUCUUAAGAAGUGGAUACUUCUACAUAACACUCUUGAGCAACACCAAAUUCGGCGAUAUACGAAUACGAUCAGUCUACUUUACAUCCUUGCGGAAAGGAAUCUAGUCAGCCUGAUUGCCGUUCAUCCUGAAGGGUUUUCUUUUUUUGAUACAGAGUUUGAGAUUGAGCGCUAUGGCACUCCAAUAUUUGCGGCACUUGCCACUAACAAUCGUGAAGCUGUCAAUGUGUUCUUGGGAAUGUUGGCAGCAAUUUUACCUCCAGAAUCCCCCUUUCACGAACUCUGUGAACUCCAUCGUCGAAAUACAACGAGCUCAAGGAUAUUCAGACGUGAUUUCGGAUAUAAAAGACAGACAGGCAUCCUCCAUUGUCUCCGAAUAGAAGGUGAUGAAACCUUAAUCUUGGCGUUUCUUUUAUGGUUAGGGUUAAGCGCCAGUUCUCGUCGUGUGCUCGGCCGGGCGUUCGUACCAGGAGCUUUUGAGCAUAAAUGUGAGAGAAUUUGGGGUCUUGAAUUAAAUGGCAGGGAUUUGCAGGGUCAUACGCCGCUGGCAUGGGCUGCUGAGAGUGGUUACGAAAGUGUUGUUCAACUACUACCUGCGCAGGAUGGCGUUGAGCUAGACAGCAAGUCUUGUACUCGCUGGACACCAUUGUUUUCGGCUGCUGUAAAUGGUCAUGAAGCCGUGGUUCAGAUGCUUCUUAAAAAAGGCGCCGAUCCCGAUUGCAAGAGUACGAACAAGGAGACACCGCUAUUAUAUGCUUCUCAGAAUGGCCAUGAAGCUAUUGUUCAGCCACUGCUUACUAGAGGAGCCGACCUAGGUUGGAAAGAUGAUUGGGGCUAUACACCGCUGUCACGGGCUGCUGAGAAUGGUCACGAAGCCGUCGUUCAGCUGCUACUUGCAAAAGGUGCUGAUCCAAACUGCAAGGAGAAUUACGGCCGGACGCCACUGUCAUUGGCUGCUGCGAAUGGCCAUGAAGCUGUUGUUCAGCUGCUGCUUACAAAAGGCGCUGAUCCAGAUUGCAAGGAUAAUAAUGGCCAGACACCACUAUCUCACGCUGCUGGGAGUGAUCAUACAGCUAACUAUUGUUCAGCUGCUGUUUGGGCGAACGGGAUUAACCCAGAUUGCGAAAAUGAAGAUAACGAGACUGCUGCCACGGACUAA